CAAAAGCGGGAAAGAAUCUUCUGUUGCGGAAUGUUAAAUUUAAAUUUUAUGGUCUAACUAUUAGUGAGAUGUUUAAAAGCUUAAAAGCUAGUCGAUUGUUGAAAUUUUUUUGUCCUUUUUAUAUACCUAAUCAAACCUCGCAAUGAGUUAUGCAUGUGAAUGGGAUGGUUGCUCGUUCACGUCAGAUAAAUUUGACAUAUUCUACGAUCAUGUACUCGAGCAUACCGCCACCAAUUUUCGUGACCCUGAUGAUUUGAACGAGAUUGAAUGUCAAUGGAGCCAGUGCUUUGCUGAUUCAUACGAAGAUGAUCUAGAAUAUCGAAGACAUGUGUUAUUUCAUGCAUACCAUGCAAAACUUAAAAAUCUAGGUCUUGAAGCUCAAAGAAAUGCAGGUCUGGCACCAUGCAUAUUAGAUCCUCAGGCAAGGAAUUUAGUCCCCGAUUUUCCUGAACAAUUUUAUUGUCAUUGGGAAAACUGCGAAGUUGUCACUUCAUGUCCGAGGUAUUACUAUACACAUAUGGAUGGCCAUGCACAAAGUACAGUUAAAGAUGACUCCAAUGGCCUAGUAUCAUGCAGAUGGAAAGACUGUUCAUUUACAAGUCCAAAGAGAUUCAAGUUGAAAGAACAUUGUCGAACACAUACCCAUGAAAAGUGCUUUGGUUGUCCAAAUUGUGGAGGGUUGUUCUCUAAUAAAACAAAAUUUACAGACCACCUUAGGAGACAAAACACAAUGGAAAGUGAGAGUUACCAAUGUUCUCACUGCUUGAAAUACUGUGCUUCAGAAAGAAUUCUUCGUGAUCACAUGCGGCAUCACAUCAACAAUGUCAAAUGUUCAUACUGCGAAAUGACAUGUCCCACACAGUCAGCUCUUCAGCAUCACAUAAAUUUUCGUCAUUCAGAUAGCAAACCAUUUUCAUGUGAAAUGUGUGAAAACAGUUUUAAAUCGAUGAAUGAUUUACGGCGCCAUCAACAAACACAUAAUCCAAUCUACAGCUACGCCUGUCAAGAAGAAGGCUGUGAUUAUGCCUCGAAAGCUCUUCAAAGUUUAAAAAGACAUAUUAAACUUUGGCACGAGAACUCAACAGCAGCAGAUGCAGGUCAAUACGAGUGUCAUAUUUGUCGCUUACGUUACUCAAGGGGAAGUACACUCACAAGACAUCUGAAGAAACAACAUACAUUUCGCUGGCCUGCUGGACAUAAAAGAUUCAGAUAUAAAGAAGAUCAUGACGGCAUAUAUCGGUUACAAACUGUGAGAUUUGAAAGUGUUGAAUUGUCGCAACAGCUGGAGGCUGCACGGAAGAAACAACAGAUAGGUGAAGAGAAUGGGACGGAGGAUGACUCUGAGACAGCGGAAGGUUCAAAUGAUCGUGUUAUCGCGAGGAACGUAUCUUCACAGGAAAACGAGGAGCAAAUUCAGAUUACAAGAACACCAUCUUUUUCCAGUCAGCCUGAAACUCUUCCACAACCCGAGUCGAAUAUUAUGUCUUCUGUUCCAACCCAACAAACUGACUCAUUUUUAGAAGUGCUAAGCCAAUUGCAACAGCAUUCUCAGCAAGGAACUCCAUAUUGCUCGACUAUUAACAAUGCAGACAUCUCAUCAAAUGUCCCAAUAUCCAACGUUGCUCAGUCUCCUAGUGAACCUCAAAUACAGCUGACAGCAUUGCGUGAUAAUUUCGAUGUGCAGGAAGCUGUCUCGUUGCUCGCUAUGUUGAAGAAUUCGGGGGUGACGUAUAAGUAUUGAAAGAAAAUUAUUUUAAACUUAGCGUGGAAGAACGUUCUUAAAAAUGCGAGGAAAUCUCAGUUAAACAAUGUUUUUGUUUAUGAUGCAACCAUUUUCAAAUUGCCACUGUGUGAUAUUAAAAUCUUAGUAGAGUUAUUAAACUGGUAAA